AUAAUCUAUAUUACAUGAAUAACAUGUUAUGUUAUUCAAGUGAUUAGUAUAAGUACGAUGAUAAACGACUGAUAAACAAUCAAUAAUUUUACUAAACAAAUAGCUUCGAAAAGUAACUACUGCGCGCAGCUUAGUGUUUCAAGGUUCAACUACAAAGUGGAUAAAUAAAGUAGAAAUCAUAUGAUGUUGUUGUGAUGUGUCUGCACCUAACCUCAUUCACCGUAAUAGAAAACAAUGGAAGUGUUUAACAACAUAAAAGACUUUCUGAAUGCCAAACACCUGCUCACGCAGAGCGGAGAUACAUUGAAUACGAUAGACGGUUCAUGUGUUGAUUGUGAAGCGGGAACCCAGAUUCUGCAGCACUUCCAGCAGGAAUGGGAGGAUCUACACAGGAAGAACGAGGAGAAUGCCGAGAGGGCGGAGCAACUGGCCGAAAUCAUUUCUGAAACUCAUAGGACCAUCACCAAUAAAAACGCGUAUAUCACUAAGAUUAACCAAUUGAUUGGAGCUACACCUUGCUUGAAGGAUACCGUCGAACAGUGCGCCCGACAAAUCUCCGAACUUCAUCAACUUUUCGAAGACGUGGAAAAAGCUCUCGUGGAUUUCGAGGAUGUGAUAGAAGAAGUAGAACUGCAGCAUAUGAAGAAUGAGCAUCGGUACCAAUUGGCACUAUAUCAGGAGAAACGAAUAGCAAAUCUAGAGACGUGUCGUCUCGAUUUAGCCAAUAAGCACGCUCAGCGCGUCUCGGAUAUAGAGCACAAGAACAAACGGACGUUGCAAGAGAGGCAGCAAGUAUUUCAGGAGGCAUUCAAAAAUGAUUUAGAAACCUAUAAGAUUUUAGGAGCAAUACCAAAAAUUGAAGCAGUAAAAGCUCAGCCAAGUGCUUUGCUUGAGGAAAUUCAACUCGACAUGGACGAUACGGAACUUAACAACUUUCUAGAUGACAAAUGAUACUUAUUAUAUAUAUAUAUAUAGUUGACUAAAUUUCUGUAUAUUUUUAUUAAAUAUAUUUUUCCUUUAUUAUUA